UGUUGUCUCAUCGCUGUCAUUUGUCUGCUGCAUGCGUCCUUGAGCGAGAACAAUUAAAGUAAACGAUUGCUCAGCUGUCACAUGCGGCAGCGGACCCGUCAGGAAGAUGCCGUAUAUAACUAUCAGUGGAAACGCUGCCUUAUUCGUGACAAACAUAUGUUAGAGUUGAGACAAGUGAACAGGCGCAAGAAUACCACGUUUCCAAGGCAACGAGACGCCAAACGAUUCAGCGAAUCAGUGCGAGGCCCUUUUCCUUUGCGUCCAAAAUGAAUUCUAAAAAUCUCAAAGGUCUUAAGAGUCCCGACGUUCAACCGGAGAAAUCUGGUGGUAAAAAGGGAUUCCAUGGAACAAAAGGCCAGAUCUCCCAAAUCCCUGGACUGUCCCCAGUUAUCAGCACAGUCGGUGACGUGACGAAGAUAGGGAAAAGGGUUGGAGUUGUUGACACAGAUUCGGAAUACGUCAAGCUUGCAAAACAAGGGGGCCACAAAGGGCUUCUGUACUUUGAUGAAACACCUACAUCCAAGCCCAACUCGUUCGACGCUGCAGAUUCCCUGUUGGACGGUCCAAUAGAUGCUCUUGGUAACCAAAGUGUCAUUUGCACAAAAGAGAGGAAGAGCCCAAGAGCUUUCUCACAAAGGCCACUACCUCCUUUUUGGACAGACAAUAUGUCUGCAUGGGAGCGGGAUGAUGGCAGCCCUCGCAAGGAGAAGAAAACCGUUCCUGAGAAACAGUUGGUGCAAUGGCAGGCGUCUAGUCAAAACAAUGGAGGAAGCAAAUUCAGGAGGACUGUAUCUACCAAGAACACCUCUCCAGUCAACAUGUCGAAGCUAUUGAGUUUCGGUUAUGUCGACGACGACAAACUAACGACGAGUGAGACUGAGUCAAGUGCUACAUAAUUGUCCAGCUCACUUAGAGUUUAAAGUCAUUUUAAUAAUUAUAAUGUAAAGGCAUUUAUUUUUUAAUCAUGUUCUUGCUUUUUCAUAUGCAUCUGACUCUCAGAGUUAUUAAAAAGACUUGAAACCAAA